GCUGCUGCCGGCCCGCGGGCGCCGGGUCCUGCCCGCUGCCGCACGGGUCGCCGCGGGCGCGCUCGGGGCCGGCCGUGUCCUCCUCCAUGAGCGCGCUGGCAGCGCGGGGAAGAGCCGGUCUGCGUUCCCCUGGCGCGGCGGCGGCGGCGGCGGCGGCGGCGGAGCAGCCUCAGCAGCCGGGGCCGCGGCGGAGCGGCCACAGCCCGGGGCGUGUGCGCCCGGAGCCGAGCGGGCGCGGGCUCCCCGCGGAAUGUCCCCGGGGCGCCCGGCGCGCUGAGCCCCCGGCCGCCUCCGCCGCCUCGGGCGGGCGGGCUCGGCGCUCGGGACUGCGAGCCCCCCGGCGCCCGGGCAGCGGGGGAGCCCCCGGGGGCGGGGGAGCGCAGCCGGCCGCGACCCAGCCCUGCCGCGCGCAUCUCGCUUAAGAUGGCAGCGGACUCAGGGGAACUAAUCGGGGCUUGCGAGUUCAUGAAAGAUCGGUUAUAUUUUGCUACUUUAAGGAAUAGACCAAAAAGCACAGUAAAUACCCACUAUUUCUCCAUCGAUGAGGAGCUGGUCUAUGAAAAUUUUUAUGCAGAUUUUGGACCUCUGAACUUGGCAAUGGUGUACAGAUACUGCUGUAAACUAAACAAGAAACUGAAAUCAUACAGUUUAUCAAGAAAGAAAAUAGUGCACUACACCUGUUUUGAUCAACGGAAAAGGGCAAAUGCAGCAUUUUUGAUAGGUGCUUAUGCCGUAAUCUAUUUAAAGAAGACACCAGAAGAAGCCUACAGAGCACUCCUAUCUGGCUCAAACCCCCCCUAUCUUCCGUUCAGGGAUGCUUCCUUUGGAAAUUGCACUUAUAAUCUCACCAUCCUCGACUGUUUGCAGGGAAUCAGAAAGGGAUUACAACAUGGAUUUUUUGACUUUGAGACAUUUGAUGUGGAUGAAUAUGAACAUUAUGAGCGAGUUGAAAAUGGUGACUUCAACUGGAUUGUUCCAGGAAAAUUUUUAGCAUUUAGUGGACCACAUCCAAAAAGCAAAAUUGAAAAUGGCUAUCCUCUUCACGCCCCUGAAGCCUACUUUCCUUAUUUCAAAAAGCAUAACGUGACUGCAGUUGUGAGGCUGAACAAAAAGAUUUACGAGGCCAAGCGCUUCAUAGAUGCCGGCUUUGAGCACUAUGACCUCUUCUUCAUAGACGGCAGCACGCCCAGUGACAACAUCGUGCGCAGGUUCCUGAACAUCUGUGAGAACACGGACGGGGCGAUCGCUGUCCACUGCAAAGCUGGUCUUGGAAGAACAGGGACGUUGAUUGCCUGUUAUGUCAUGAAACACUACAGGUUUACACAUGCUGAAAUAAUUGCUUGGAUCAGAAUAUGCCGACCAGGCUCCAUUAUAGGACCCCAGCAGCACUUCUUGGAAGAAAAACAGGCAUCGUUAUGGGUCCAAGGAGACAUUUUCCGAUCCAAACUGAAAAAUAGACCGUCCAGUGAAGGAAGUAUUAAUAAAAUUCUUUCUGGCUUGGAUGAUAUGUCCAUUGGUGGAAACUUAUCUAAAAUACAAAAUGUGGAAAGAUUUGGAGAGAAUAACUUAGAAGAGGAUGAAGAUGUGGAAAUGAAAAAUAGUAUAACCCAAGGAGACAAACUACGUGCCUUAAAAAGUCAGAGACAGCCGCCACGCUCCUCACCAUCCUGUGCAUUUAGGUUGGAUGAUAUGAAAGGGCACCCAAGAGCAGUGUCCCAGCCUUUCAGAGUGACUUCGUCCCCUCAAGGAUCUGCAUCUACUUUGAAGACCUCAAAAGUGGCUUUGUCCCCUUCAGCAACGGCCAAGAGGAUAAACAGAGGCUCUUUGUCCUCAGGUGCCAGUGUAAGAAGCUUUUCCAUAAACUCCCGGCUAGCCAGUUCUCUAGGGAACUUGAACGCUGCAACAGAGGAGCCAGAGAACAAAAAGGCCUCCUCGUCCUCUAAGACGGGUUUCAUAGCCAGCCCGUUCACCAACCUCUUGAACGGCAGCUCCCAAACACCUGCCAGAAAUUACCCUGAGCUCAACAACAACCAGUACAGCAGAAGCAACAGCAGCAGUGGGAGCUCCUUGAGCAGCCAGCCGAACCCCCAGAGCAUCAAGACGGAGGAGCACCCCACCAUCCUCCGACCCUCCUACACCGGCCUCUCUUCUUCCUCAGCGAGAUUCCUGAGCCGUUCAAUCCCCGUAAGUUCGCAGACACCACCUCUUGGUCCUCAGAACCCUGAACGCAACUUCUGUGCCUUGCCUUCCCAGCCAAGGCUGCCACCAAAGAAAUUUAAUAGCGCCAAGGAAGCCUUCUGAGUGAUGCCUUCCCUCUGUGCUGUGAAACUGUCUAUGCACGUACAUUCUGCGGGCUCCUCUUCAAGUAAAUGCCACGUUUCAACUUGGGGGUUUCUUCCUUCCUUCUUUUCUCCUCCUCCUCCCACUCCUUUUUAGGUGAUUUCUCUUCGAAGGGAAACAGCUUUCAUUCCCUUCAUCACGGACAUUGUUGACUCCAGUUACUUUUCAGUUAAGUUUUCAAAUCCCUUUGAAUAUCUGGUGCAAAGCCAGGAGCUGAUUCAUACGAGAGACAGUCUAUGCUUGGUUGUGGUGGUGUGAGGAACCACCGCUCUUCCACUUCAUAUAGGAUUGAACAAAAUUUGGAGUAUUUAAAUGUGGAAGGUGCUGAAUGAACAGGAUCUUCUUAGAAGUAACCAUUAGGCCCCUGGGUACGUCACCCCUGCAGGGAACCGCCCCAGAACUAACAAAAUGGCAAACCGAAGGUGUUGAUAAGGAAGGCUUCUAGGGUGGGGUCUGGGCUGGAGGGGCAGAGGAAGGCAGACUAUCAGGAAGAUGUUUAGAAUUAGCCAUCACUCUUCCAGAGACAGGACGAAAGAGCACAAAACACAUUUUACCCUUGAGCUCAGUAUUUAGUGUUGCCAAGCCCCACUUUUAAACAGAAAUCCCUGUUAGGUAAAAUCUGUUGGUUCGCCCCCUGCUAUGAAUCACUUUAAUCACAUAUUUUGAUUGCCUCAAAGGGAACUGAGAUCUCUGAGAAUGUGAGUCUUGAUGUGAGAGAACAGGGACAAAAUAGGAAGGAGAAAUCACUCACAGGUCAAAGAAACGUGAAUUGGAGUGAUUCCAGUCAGGGUGCAAGCCAGCUCCAGUGUCCUGGGAAGGCUGGGACCUGGGACUUCUUCAUGCCUGAUACUCUUCAAACAUCUCAGCCGAUAUCCAGGAAGAGUCUGAUUUCUUCAGGGGAGAAAGGGGAUGAGAACUGCUGGUGGCAGUGUGCCUUUCUUGGGAAACAAUAGCCCCAUGGGAAUAGUUAAGGAGACCCACUUUCCUUAGAUGGUAGUUAGGGACCACCUCUUCUAAUGGGAGGAUGCAGUGCCUGUGUGUGUGCAUGCCCCUGUGUGUGUGUUGAUAGGACUCAUCACCAUACCCAUCCCUACCCGAGACUCUUUUCAAAGUUUUUUUUUCCCUGCUCUUCUAUCCACACACUGUCCUUUCUGGCACAUAUAGUUGGCCCUUGAGCAACGCAGAUUUGAACCGCAUGAGUCCACUUAUACACUGAUUUCUUUGAAUAAAUGCAGUACAGUGUGUUUCCUCUUCCAAAUGAUUUUCCAAAUAAUAUUUCAUUUUUUCUACUUUACUUUAUUGUAAGAAUACAGUAUAUAAUACAUAUAACAUGUUAAUUGACUGUUGAUGUCCUUGCUAAGGCCACCAGUGGGCUAUUAGUAGUUAAGUUUUGGGGGGAGUCAAAAGUUAUAUGCAGAUUUUUAACUGCGUGCCCCACGCAGUUAAAUCUUAUGGGCACCCCCAACCCAUGCAUUGUUCAAGGCUCACUUGUAUAAUUUUCCCCAUAAAAUUUUAUUGCCCUUGAUGUUUUUCAACAUUAUUUUAGAUUCCUGUAUAGAUCAGGGCCCCAAGCAACGGCCAGUGCACUCCACCCCUUAGUGCCUCUGAUCCCACUAUAUUAUGGCUAUAGGUGUAUCAGUAAACCAGGGGAUUAGAUGUAAAAUAAUAGAAUUUACCUUUUCAUAACAAGGUUUAAAGUCCUGUGCUUCCUACCAGGAGUUGAAUUGUCACAUCGUGGGUCAGCCCAUUUUUAGAUCAGAGUACAAAAUCUGUUCGUUUUCAGAAAAAGUGUUACACAUAUAGAUAUAUAGAUAAUUAUAUAAAUAUCUCGCUGAUUUCAUGGCUAAAGAAUUAGUAUAAUCUACACUUGCAGCUGAGUACCAGAGGUGUUAGGAGCUUAAUAGAGAAUAGCAUUCUACUUUUUCUGGAUCUCAGUUUUCCUCUUGUCUGGUUCAAAUAUGGGGGUAUUCGUUAGGUGAUUGUUGAUCUCCCCAUAUUUAUAUAACUUAGUUUUUGGUGUCAUUCCAUAUUUUGUUAUUUGUCUUCAAAUCUCCUCCUUCCCUCUCCUGGCCCGAAUAGAGUGAUUUUCCAAUAAUUAAAUUUAAAGUAAUAGUCUAUGUGGGCAGCUGCUGCUGUUCCCCUCUUCUGUCUCUUAAAUUUGUCAUCUUAUUGUAAAGAGGAGCAUUUAUAAAUAGAAUUGCCAGCACGACAACAUUUUCCUCCUUCUCACCCUCCCGGGAAGUAAGAAGUAGCAGGUCUCUUAGAGCUGACUCUCGCUCCUUUGUCUUUACCUAGAAAACCUCUGUGGGAAGGAUGGCUCCCAAGUCCUGCCCCUGCUAGCUUGCUGGUAGAAAGUCUAAAUUAAGAUGGAGAUUCCCAUUUUAUGUGGAAGAAAGCAGGAGGUGGGGAAUUGUUUUCUUUGGUGGGUCCAAUACAGCUUUUCUAACUGUGGGUCUCUGGUCUAAAUAAUGGUGGUGGUCUUUCCAGAGCUUCCUAAAAUGUGAGGGGGAAGGCCCCUCAAGAACUAGGAAUAAAUCGCUCAACAGAAAUGGUUUCAAAUUCUUGGGUAGGAAAUGAAGUCUGUGUGGCAAUAUCCUCCCAGCACCUUUAAGAAAGACCCAGAAACUCCUAGGGGCUGAGGGUGACGUGUGUUUAGAGGGAGUCUAAUAUUUUAGAAGCUGCAAUUAGCAUCUCUUUUGAAAGCUGCAAUUGCUCUCUCACUUUAUGCAGCAGUUCAGCCCCCAGAAAAAUGUAAAAAUGAUUUCCUUGUUCUGUCAUUAAAUGCUUUAACACAGAAAACAAGAGCAAAUGUUAAGGAGUUCUUAGGGUUGUGACAGAAUGCGGAGAAAGAAUCAGAUUUUAUUUUUAUUUAUAUGGCCGCUUCUGUGAGUCUCAGGGUUUCUAUUGCCCAGGCCAGUGCACAGGGUUUCAUUUUUAUUAACCCACUUAUUGUUAGAAAAAAAAAGUCAGUUUUCCCUCCCUGACAUUCUAGAGGAGUUUUCAAAUGCUUAAGAAAUGAGGGACGUGUGAUUAUGGUGUGGGUGGGGUGGAAGUAUUUUAUUAAGUUCAAAUUACCUGAGGUAUCUGUCUUGAAUAUUUGCUCUGUUUUAUUUUUAAGAGACUUACCAUUGAAUUGCUAUUCAUCUCCACUGUCCUUACCUGACCCUGACCUCUGAAGUCUGGGGUUGGUCGUGAUGCCUUUCCCAUAAACUCUUCUAUGCCCUGCCGUGGUCUUAAUCAGUAGUCUUCUCACUCUGCAUUUUAAUCAUCUGUUCACUUACCUGUAUCCCUCACCAGAUUGUCAGCUCCCUAAAGGUAGGGACUAUACCUGUUUUCUGUGCCACAGUCAUAUACUCUGUGACUAGCAUGCAGUAGGCACUCAUUAAGUAUCUCUUGAAUGGGUAUAUGAAUGGUUGGGUGUUUAAAUGACUUGAUGGGAUAAGAGUUAUUGCCCCUAUUUUAAAGAUGAAGAACUUAAGGGUUUGAGUGGUUAAAUAUUUUGGCCUAGGCCUAGAUUGUACCACAAAUAAGUAGCAGAGGCAUAAUUUGCACCUGGGUCCAUUUGACUCCAAAAAACAUACGCUUUUGAUUAUAUUAUAUCAUUCAUAUAUUGUGGUAGGUGUUUAAAAUACCAGGAUAGCUAAGGUAUAUCUCAUCUUUGCAGAAGGAGUCAAGGAAGGAUGUGAGGAAGGAGUAACACUUUAGUCGGGCUUUGGAGGGUGAAUGGGAGCCUGCUGGGAGUCUAGUGAUGAAAAUAGGAGGAAGUGGAGAAAUAGUCAUUGCAGGCAAUGGGAACCAUAAGAACAGAAGUGCAGCCUUGUGCUAUAGGCAAACUUUUAUGUACUGAAGACAGAUAGACCUAGGUUCAAAUUUUAUCUAAUUCCUUGUAGUGACUACUUUGGCAAAUUAUUUAAUCUCUCUGAGCCUCAGUAAAAUGAGAAUAAUAAUAAUAAUUAGGGGGCAGAUCUAGGUUAUGUGCACUCUGCAGCUUAAUACAAUUUGAUGGGACCCAUGAGAGAUACAGAAUGCAAAAUAUUACAUUUUAUAUAAAUUUGAUAUAGAGCUGUGUACUUUGAAAGGAGUUAGUGUUACUCUGGGGCCUUGGAGCUUAUGUGGUAAUGAUCCCAAUAUCUUUGUAAUAGGGUGGUUGUGAUGAUUAACUGAGAUCAGAUGAAGUAGUUUACACAGUUGCAUACAGAUGGUGCUGAAUAAUUGUCAGCUAUUAUUGUUUUUAAGAGCAGUGAGUGUUCCAGUGUAGCUAAAGACAGGGGAGGUUACUGUAGAUGAGGCUAUAAAGUUAAGCUGAAGCCAAACUGGGAGGCACAGUUCAGAUUCCAAACUCAGAAUCUUGUCAGCAGAGUGACUUGAUCAGAUCUGAUUUGAUGAAGAUAAUCCUAGCAGUCUGUGCAUGACAGCUCUUGGUAAAAACCCUGAAGGCAUGGAGACUAGUCUGAGCCCUGUCUGCGUCGUCCUCCAUCUCUACCUCUCAGCAGGUGUCCUUGGUUAAACGCUAUGCUUAUUUUAUCAAUUAUUUCAUGUUUUACUACCCAUAGUAGUAUUGAUGCUAUUAAGUAAUCAUGAAUGACCAACAGAUCCACUAUAUAUUUAUUAAUUUUAAUUUUUAAAAAUUUUAUUUAUUUAUUUAUUCAUGAGAGACACACAGAGAGAGUUAGAGGGUUCUAGAAGCAGCCUCCCUGAGGGGAGCCUGAUGUGCAAUUCAGUCCUGGGACUCUAGGAUCACUGCCCGAGCCAAAGGCAGAUGCUCGACCACUGUGCCACCCAGGCGCCCUAUUAUUAAUUUUUAAAUGAUGUAUUUAUUUUUGCAAAUGUAAACUUAACUACCCAAAGA